AUGCGAGUAACCGAGCGACCCGGUAUCAUCUUCGUUAAUUAUGGAGAUGAAGCAGCAAAGUACCAUGUCCAGGAGUUUCGUUCUUCUGGACUUGCAGCCCAGCCUGUUCAGUGGAGUCGUCAUCCAGACCAGCCGUCUCAAAGCGUUCAUGUCGACCCAAACUUUCUGCCAUUACACCUACCAACCGAUGUGAACAAUGAUUUAGGCAGCCAGUCAGCUUAUCCUGCCAUCUACAUUUUCUUUUGUCCAAACGAUCCGCAGUACUAUGCGAAUCGUGGUAAGAAAACCUUUGGCAAAUGGUUUGGUUUUUUAUCAUCAAAUAAACUGAAAGAGUGGCUUAUCAUUACGAUAACGGAUAAAUCAAAGAAGAUAUCUUCAAGGAAUUCUGUGGCUACCCAAUUAAAGCAUGACUUCUCCAUCGACUUUACCGAUCGCUUGCAUGACCUUCCAAGUGACUAUGAAUCCUAUCCAGGUACUUUGCAGGCACUGAAUGUCAAACUUCGGAAUGCUGUUAUUCGUGUUUUCAACACCACCCUCGAUGCAAUUGAUAAUCGAGCGGAGAAGUUAGCGGCUAGCCGAAAUGAUGAAGAUUGGGACUUCAUGGAUUAUCUUCUUUGCAUGGAGGAAAUUGCCUCUCUCUACAGCUGCAUGAGCCUCUAUGAGGAAGCCCUGGAGUGUAUGGAGAAAGCGGAGAAUUGCCUGUCCGUUGCGUUGGCCAACGCGGCUGGGAAUGGAGUCAAUAGGUGGGUGCGAAACCUGCUCUCAAAUAGUUAUGAGAAUCUGUUAGCCGAUCCAACCAUCGUCUCCACCUACGCCAGCCCCCAAAGAGUGGAGCGGGUGCGGCGACGCGAGGCCAACCUCUUCGAGCUGCGUGCCCACAUUCUGACGCGCGAGUGCGCCCUUCUGCAGGCCCUCGACCGCAUCACUGAGCUGCCAGCCCUCGCCGUCCGCAACAUCCGCCUCUGUACCAAGGAGGUGAUGGUGCCGGCUCUCCAGCUAUACUUUUGGACUUUUCUUUCUACCCUUCAAACGCUUGAGAUAUUUCGCCUCGGAACACCUUGUGUACCGAAGACCGAAGAUUUCAUACAUCUUCGGCGCAAAUUUUUGCAUGCCAACAACCUGCUGCAGCACCCACUUUCCACUGCCACCACCCCUGCAGCUGCCAAUUCAGCUAUCGCUUUGAGUACAGACGAAGACUCUAAUUGCCCUUCAAACGCGUCCGAGUUAAGUGUCUCGACUCUCAUUUCGGCGCGUUUCAAAGCCAUGGAGUCGUUGGAUCUGCUGGAAGAUGUAUCCUUCCAGACCGAGGGCACAUUUAACGUUCUUGCUCGGGCAGUUUUGGCAUCCGUGGCGGCCGACGAUCACGCCAGAUCGGGUCGCACCAACUUGCAAAGCCAGGCCCUCGUCGGUACAAGUCAAUGGACCGUUGAUCUGUGGAGACGCGCCUGUGUUGCCUUGGCCCGUCUCGGCCGCUGCACGGAUCUCUGGCCUGAUCCGGCGCGUCGCACCCAGAAUGCACGUUCUGACUCUCUACAGGACUCCAUGAUUCUCUCGAUCAUUGACUCGUUAAACAAUUUUACUAGCCGCAACCGCAGCACCCCGGAUUCUACGCAAUUCAGUUUUGGAGGUUCCUUUGGCGCUCAGCUGUCCAUCGCUUUCGUCUCACCAGAGUCUUUCCAGGAGGUCUAUCGCAAAUUUGUUGGCGUCUGCAUUUUCUUCCAAAGUUGUUCGGGGGAAAAACGCAGCUCAAAUUGCAUGUCUCUGGAACUGGCUGAUUUCUACCGAGACGCUGGAAAGUUCUUAAAGGCGGAAUCUCUGUACCACCGAGCAACGAAAAUUUUUUUGAGAGAAUCUUGGACGGAGCUUGCAACCUACUCUCUUCUGCAACAAGCCUUUUGUCAGCAGGUCCAAUGGAGAACGGAGAAUGUCGACACUAUUGAGGCAUCUGUUUUUAGACGAUACGUGCAGACCGCCCUGAUUCUCGCAAUAACACCGACCAAGAGUCUGCAUCAAUGCUACGACCUGUUAAAGCGGCGCGGCUCCUACUUUGACAAUCUCUUCGGAGAGGGUAUAACAGCCGCAAGGGGUGCAGCGGCGGCGGAAGUGGCGAUUUUGCCACCCUGGUGGCCGGAUGACUGGUGGGCGCACACGCUGGAGACAGUGGCGGAGCACUACGCUCGCAUCGCGCCUCCUCCGCCGCUUGUCGAAACGUUAUCACUGCAUCAGCCGCUGAUGCCCCUCGCGGUGCGUUCCCUGUGGCCCCUCUUCCGCCUCCUCUCCGUCGAUCUUGAGGAGGCCAAUCCACACACUCACCGCCAGGUCAUUCGCCUUCACCUUCGUCUCACUGGGGUUCGGCAGAUGCUCCUGCGGGUUUCGGUUGGGGCGCGGCCCACUACAUCAGAGGAUUGGAGCAUGCCGCCGCUCUUGCGCGAAGUCGACAAGAAGCAUGGAAGUGAUCCAGUAAAAUUUUUCAAUGUCGACUUGUCUUCAGAAGGCGUCCGCGUUGGCAUCAUUAGCUCCACCGCUGACGCCAGCUCCGCAGCCUCGGCAGAAUUUGGUGGUGGUGGGGACGGUGACAGCUCUAUCUCAUCCCCUUCUGUCGCUGUUGCUGCUACAACUCCUGCAUUAUUGAGUUCCAGCACCUCCAAGGAGUCCGUCAUGCAAAGACUGUUCCGUAGGACAAGCGCAAAAGGGAGACCUGGUCGGAUUUUGUUCAAAAGAUCGAGUGACAACGCGCGCACUACAAACGGUCAGUCGGCUGGCGUCAAGCCCCCAAGACGUCCCACGUCGAUUGACUUUCUCGGCUACCGAGGUCGUUUGAACACCCUAGACAGGGUGAAUCCUUUGCCCUACGAUUCGAUUCUCGAUGGUCUCACACUCUCCUCAGAUUACGAUCGCUUCGUUCCUAGCGCGACAGGAACCCCCGAAACUGUGUCGAUGACGGAAGAUUCUGUCUUCUCUGACAGUAGGGCUGCUCGACACCACAAAAAGGGCUUUAGUCUCUCCGACCUAUCAAACUUCAUUCACUCACUUAAAAUAUCGAAAAACGACUUCUCCUCAAGGAAUCAUGUCGACACAAACGGUACCCCUAUGCCACCGGUCACAACGAAGGCCGUUGUAAUUGAGAAGAAUGAUAUCUUCUUCUACACACGAAACCACGCCACGAAUCCGUUUCAUUGUCGACUGCAAGAAUCAACCAAAGAACCUAUUGAAGACAAGGACAAUGUGUUAGUAUUUCAACCGGGCGAUAACUAUCUUAUCAUGGAGACAGCUCAUUACGGCUUCCAUCUGCCGGGUGAGAUUUCAAUCGCUGUCUACAACGAUUCUCAAAGUGCUGAAAACAAUAGCCCCAUAUUCAUAUUCUCAAGCCCCAUCAAUCCUGAACAGCACGGAUCCACUUGGUCCAACGAGACACUUUUGGAGCGUCUCCUUCCGAGGGUCGAGCAGAUUGAAGCCAUUCGAGUGUCUAAGGCGUACUCCUUCCCCGAACCGCCAAAAAAAGCUUCAGCACUGGUGAUGAAUGACAUGAGCCAGCCAGUAUUUCUAACGGUGCGUGUUGGCGCCCUGUCGAUCGAACGACAGGAGGGUGGCAGUGGCGUUGACAGUGCUAUCGGCCUUCGUCUGCACCGCCAUCCCCAUGCCGGGGCACCACAGGAGGCGGCUUGGGGUCAGAACUACUCUAUAGAGCCCUCCGAGAAAGGUGAAGUUGAGAAGACAGUGGCUUGGAGUGACCUCGGAGAUCUCGUAGUUGCGCCAGGCGAAAUACCUCCUCCCUCUCCCCUCCUCUACACCCCUGGCACCCGUCUCUGUCCUCGGUGCAGCUUCCUCCUCCGGCCGAAACCAAAUGAACGGAUUACUCUAAUUCUGCCGACAGGGCGUCCCUACCCCAUUAAUCUAAUACCCGUUGGAGCCUUGAUUUUCAAAGCCAGAGUUUUCUCCUUUCAAAGCAAACAUUUCGUAGUGCAAUUGCAAGUGGAGGUGCGUGACACUACCUGGCCAGUGCUGGGUUCUGUCGACAAUAAGGGCUCGCCUCAUCUGAAUCCUUUCUACUGCCAGGAGCGCAUCACUUUCAAGUUAUCCGCUCCCGAAAUGGUCAUCAAGUCCUUUAAUGACGCCCCGUCGCAGCUACCACCGCAGUCGCAGCAGCCCCCUUCACUGCCACCGUCACUGCGGGGCUCCUUCGUGCCGGAGCCACAGCGCUCCAUCAGUGUGGUCGAAUUUGCGCCCCCUUCGCCUGCUGUUGCUGUCGCCGGCGCUUCCGCUGCACUACACCACUCUCUGCUGCCUCACUCUCGAGAAGUUGGCUACUCGGUGUUCUUCCCUCCAAAAGCAGCAGAAGGGACUGUCGAGUGGAACGCUUUCGCUUCCUUUGGUGCAUCCGUCAAUGGCGAAUCUGGUUCGACGCAAGACUCCUCCUCCAAUUCCCAGGAUCCUAUCCAGCUAAUUGAACCUCUGGAUUUGGAAUGGAUUGUUUCCUACGGUCGACCAUUGACCGUUUCGUGGACUGUGCAAAUGGACUACCUCAAUCGUCUCUUGCGUCCCUUGCCGAAAUCUGACAAGAUUGGUGUUUUGGCCGAUUUCACCUUCCUUGCUGGGACCAACUUCGAUGAAGUCCGCCCUCGUCUACGCUAUUCAUGCAACCUCGUGGUGGGACGAAACACCCAAAUAAACCAAUGUGACCUCGUCCUUGCGUUUUUGAAUUCAGGCUGGUUUAAGUGA